ACGGUUUUAGCGCGAUAAUUAACAUCGUUAACAACGUUUAUAGGUGGCAGUUUCACAUUUUUGACAGUUCACAUUUUUGUGGAAAUAGAUACAGAUAUUAAUGUCACGCGUUUUAAACGCGAAAUAGAAGAACGAAAACGAAAUUGUCACUGAACGCGUUUUAUAUAGCUCUUUUUUUAUAUUUACUGCCGAUUGUUUCUAUCGUUCUUCGCGCACUGUUCGGUUAAUCGUGUUAAGCAAUCGUGGAAAAAAACGUGGAGACAGAGGUAUAUACACGCAGCAUAGAACAGUGGAAAAUUGGAGGUGUAUGUCCGGCGGAUAGAGAGGAUCGAAUUUUGAGAAAAUUUCGAGAGCAAUAAUAUGGAAAUAAACUAGUAUGAUAAAUAAGGUUAUGCUGUAAAUAUGGAAGGAAGGAUCAAACGACGACGAAGGGAGGGGAUGCCGCGACCGGAGGAUGCAGAGGAACGUUCAAGAACGGCCGAUCGUGAGGACGAGAAGAAUGUUAAACGCGUUAACGCGAGGGAUACGUUGAAGUAUUACCUCGACAGAUUUAGGUACUAUCAUUACGUCGCCGCUGAAAAAGUGAACAAAGUAAUCGGACUUGUAUGCCUUGCUAUAAUUAAGUUGUAUUUUUUCUUCAUGGGAUUGGACAGAUAUCUCGACAUCGACGACGAUGAAACGGAGGAUGCGGGCCUAUGAUUCGUUCAGCGAUAAUAUAAUUCUUAUAUUUCUUCUGAAUUUUUAUAUUGUGAGAUCGUUCGAUUUUAAAGAUAAGA